AUGACACGCUCCGCUGCAUCUAGGAAGAACCAGAGCAAUCGGCAGGAGAAUGGCCUUGUCGGUCCCGGCAAGAAAUUAACUAAGCAAAAGUCAAGCGGCCAUCUGAACGGCAACUCGGGCAACGGCUCUGCUACCGGUCCGGGCGCGUCCGCUCACUUCGAUCUAUCCUCCGUACGAUCUGCUAGCGAUACGGCUUUGACAUCUCCGACGGUUGCCGGCAAAGGAGGGGAUAGCACGAAGGCAGAUGGCAAUGUGCGUGGGAUGUUGAAUGGACAUAGCAAGGGUGGAGACAUGACAUCUGCGCAAGAAAACGGCGAUGUCGCCCAGAAUGGCGGCAUAGCAGGUCAUGUCUCUCGCAAUGGAACCUCGAAACGAUCCGGAUCCAAUGCCUCGAUUAAUCCGCUCCAGCUCGCAUCGACUAUCCUCAAAUCGUGCCCGAUGUACGACACUAUCGCCAUCUUGAUUUUUUUGCUCCAGCUUCCACCGAUGGUCUUGACCCUCGUUCAGUUCUUAUUCGCCUCCUUGACUUUCAUGCCUCCGAGUGGCGCCGCGGCCGGUUCUUUGUCGUCGAACUUCGAUAUUUUUCAGGGUCCGGCUGGGACGCCAUCUCUGGGGACAAUGAUUGCGAUGGAUGGGUUUUGCAUACUUCUCUGGGGCCUCUUCAUGUGGAACUGGGCGCAGAACUUUGCCAUCGAUCUCGCUCAUGUCCAAGUUGCUAUCACCUUGGGUGGCGGGGGUUCCGGGAAGAACGGCGGGGUCAAUGCUCUCUGUGUCGGAAUUGUUCUGCUUCUUCAUCUUGUUCGCAGUAAAGGCAUCCAGGACUUUGUCUUGGGUCAUCUUGUCUCUGCUAAACUGCUCAGUCCCGAUCUCCUCUCCCAAUAUUCGCAUCUGUUACCCGCUGAGUUCCGACACUCCGAAGCACAAACGUCUCCGAGCUGGCUCCGCAGCCUUCUUGCGGUGCAUAUCCUCGCACAAGCUGGAACCGCCAUGGCGCGACGUUCGAUGGCCAAGAAUCGGUCACCGACACCGUUACGGACCGGCAAGCGGGGAGAUACGGAGGCUUCUGCGGGGUCACAAGGACAGGCGGAUUCUGCUCUGGAAUCUGCUGCCAGUGUUUCAUCUUGUUUCGUGGGACCUGAUGGUCAGUUGAAAGACGGAAAGGAUCGUUUCACGUCAGCUAAGAAACGCAGACGGCAAGCCAAUCAGGUUCGGAGCCGACAGCCGUUCUGGGCUGCGCUUGCUAGUACAAAAGUCACGGUGAUGAGGGAAUAUGAACAUUCGCGGGCUAUCUCCAAGACAGCCCGCAAUCUCACAAUGACGGAGGAGGAUCUCCAGGGGUUGUCUCUCGACGACGGGUUAAUAUGGAUUACGGAUGUGGAUAGCUCUUCGAUUAAAUUCGCCGCGGGUGAGUUUACCGAUGACCCCGCGGUGUCAGGUUCAUUUGAAGCCGGUCGUUUGGAAGGAGACAUGGAACCAUUCUACGUCUGCGUCAACGGUGCGCUUUGGGCUACCGCUUCGAUAUGCAGAGUUUCAGACGCCAAGGGACCGAGCGUUGUCCAAUGGCGGGGCGAGAUUGCUGGACUUGCUCCCAAUUGCGCAUACACAUGUGCAUUUGUACGAAGCGAUACCGACGAGGAAAUCUGUGUCAUGAGUGUCAAGACGCCUUCAACGACUGACACAGAGCAAGGUAAGUUCACGCUAAAAGACAACGUCUCAUUUUCAAUAAGCUCAUUGCUUGAAAUAGUCAUUUCCGCGGUAUCGACACCCCCACAGCCGACCUACCGUCCAUCGUCCCCCACAACGACGCUCAAGAACUCUAUCAGCAAUGCGGAAUCAAAGUUGAACGAAAAGCGCAAUCGUCUGAAAAAGACGAAGAACGACCAUAAAGCUGUUAUCUCGAAAAUCCGGAAAGAGCUCGAUAACUUCAAUGCUCGCCUCCAAAGCGGAAAUGACGAGAAUCGCCAAAAGCAGCGUUCGCUUCAACUUGAACGAAACAUCCGGCAGACCGAAGAGGCUACUGCGGUACUAGAGGUACAACUCGACACCAUGGAAAGUGUUCCUGAGGAGGAGAUGGAAGAGUGGGCGGCGCACAAAGCGGACUUCGAACGCGAGCUGGAACGUUUCAAUUCGACCAAGGAAGAGGUUGCUGCUGCUCGAACGGCUGCAGCUCAGCAGGUGGCGGCACUGGAGUUGGAAUUGACGCAGGCUGUUCAGAAGCGAGAGCGUCUCCAGGGUCGCCGCACCCGGGUGAACGAGCAGUAUGAGCGUAUCAUUUCAGCCAACGCACAAGGGUUGAAUGAGAGAGAACGUCGGGCCGCUGAACAAUUUGCCAGGGAACAGGACCAGUCAAAGAUGGAGAGCAAUUUCCACGAGCAAUUCGGGAGCAUCAGCCAAUCCGUGCAGGAUUUCCAGCUGCGCACGAGUCAACUCUGGCAGCAGGCAUCUGCAAUUGAGCAGUCCAUCCAGCAACAACAACAGCAAAUGCUCCUCGAGUCUGGUCCUCUCACACCCGAAGGCAACUUGCCGGGCACCAAUCCUCUGCCUGAGACCAGUGGUCCGUCGUUCAACGCAUCUACGACCACUGCACCUAGCGCUCGAUCUCUGAUGGGGGGUCUUAGCUUUCCUCAUGCGAGAUCUAGUCCACUACAGAUUUCGUCUUCUCCAGUCCACGAGAUGCCGUCAAAUCCAACUAGCCCAUCGCAAGACCUUCCCUUCCUCCCACAGUUUCCAAACUCUCCUGUCGGCAACGUGGGCUCAUACUUCGGGUCAGAAAUUAACCACCGAGACCGUUCGUUCUCCAACCGCUCCACUCGCAGCAGCCAAUAUGGCUCUGAAUUCUUGGACACGAACCACUUGCCACCUCUCCAGCUUGACCUAGCAGAAUUGCUUGGUGAGACCAAGACUCGGCCUGGGUCUGAUGGUUUCCUGCAUCAAGGUGGCCGUACGGUUUUGAGCCCUUUCCAGCGAGCAGUAAGCCGAGGUAGUGGCAGUGGUAGUGGCGGUAGUGGCAGUGGGACCGGCAGUCCACACUCGGUGCGGGACUAG